CUCAGUUCCCGUUUACUUGUAUUUCUGUUACUUAUGAAGUACGUUUGUGCUAUACUUUCUGUUGGUGCGGUCCUCCUGGGUCCACUUAUGUUUGGUCUCACAUCUGGUUUCACUGGUCAGACUAUCGACACUAUGGGAAAUAGUGUCACUACCGACGAUGGUACUGCUAUCCAGAUUGGUGGUUCUGACCAUUUGUGGGUCUUCGACAGCUCGAGCGAGUCUUCCUUGUUCGGAUCUCUUGUGAACAUCGGUGCCAUGUUUGGUGCCUUCAUUGGUGGUCCCCUCAUUGAUAGGUUUGGAAGGAAGUGGUGCCUUGUUGGUAUUUCCCCCUGCUUCGUGCUCUGCUACUUGUGGCAGGCUUUGGCCCACACUUCGUGGCAGUUGCUCUUCGAGCGUGUUCUUGUCGGUAUUGUUGUUGGCGUCGAGUCCGUGGCUGCCCCCACCUACAUUGGUGAGGCUUCUCCCACUAAGAUUCGUGGUAUGCUCGGUGCUGCCAAUCAGUUGGCUGUUACUAUUGGCAUUCUCAUUGCCUACGCUUUGGGUAUGGCCUUCCGGACUCAGGCUGGGUCCGUGGAUCCCAAUGCCGACGGUCAGACUUUCUGCAACUGGCGUGCUGUGAGCUGGAUCUACCUCAUCCCAUCCGGUCUCCUUGGUGUCCUUGUAUUCUUCGUCCCCGAAUCUCCUCGUUGGCUCGCGGAGCAUCGUGGAUUGGAUGCCGCGAAAAAGGUAUUGUUGAGACUACAUGGUACCGAUGAGAACGAUGCGGACGUAGCUGUGGAGCUCAAAGCUUACGAAGUUACCGCUGAGGCUCAGAAGGCUAAGGCUGGUAUGACGCAGAAGCAGCGUUUCAACGAAGCCAUAUCUGGUCUUCGCAAAUACUGGAUCCAGGUCGUCAUCGGUGUCGUGCUGCAGAUCUGUCAGCAGUUGUCGGGUAUCAAUGCGGUCAUCUUCUAUCAGACUACUAUCUUCCAGGCAGCGGGUAUCUCUAACAAAGAAACCAUGGCUCUCAUUACCAUGGUAGUCCAGGUCGUUGUAACCUUCAUCGCCUGCUGCAUCAUGGACUUCGCUGGCAGGAGGGUCCUGCUGGUUGUGGGUGCUACUGGUAUGUGCAUAUCCGCGUGGAUGUUGGGUCUUUUCUUCUAUCUACAGGAUGUCACCGGCUUGACUAACGUUGGCUGGUUGGCUCUGGCUUCUGCCUACUGUUAUAUCGCCUUCUUCUCCAUCGGUGUUGGUGCUAUCCCGUGGCUCAUUAUGUCCGAGAUCUUCCCCAACGACGUCAGAGGUAACGCUGCCGCCAUCGCCACUGCCGUUAACUGGCUUUUCUCGUUCAUUGUCACCAUGUGCUUGGAUGCUUACCGAAAGGCUAUCACCUAUCAGGGUGUGUUCUGGAGUUUCGGAUUCAUCUGCUUAGUGAUGAUCUUCUUCGUCUUAUUCUUCAUACCUGAGACUAAGGGUAAAUCCUUCGAGCAGAUUGAAGCUGAGUUCGACAAGAAGUAUCAUCGUAAGCAUGCUGAUAAAGCUAAGGUGGUCUCUGCAGUAGAGACUCCUCAUAGUCCUACCACUACUGUAGAUGUCUAAGCUUCCCGACGAAAAACAGCUUUUCGAAUGUACCGUCCGAUAUGUCAUCGGGUGUGAUGUUCGGAAGCUGUGUUGGGAUGACUUUUACGCCUCCUAAUGGUGUUACGAGUAGUUCGUCGUAAACUAGCAUAGACUCGCAUAGAUCUUCGAUGCUGUUUGUAUUGUGGACUCGAGGACUCCGUUGUAACUAUAAAAUGACCGACUACUCCAUUCCGGGCGUAGCCGUUGUUCCUUAUUACACUUAACUUUAUUUUCUUGGUAGUACGAUCUCACGUUACUACUCCGAGCAUUGCCCGCCAGUACUGUAAAUGAUUUCCGUAACUGAUGCGUGGUCUCGUCGAAUGUGAGCGAUACUUGGUGUUUCUACAACAGCCAGCGUCGCUUGCGCAUAUCAAAUGAGCUCGAUGUUCAGAUGCUCUCCUAUGACGUAUUAUUAUUGUACUUACUUUAUCAUCUGAAGUGUUCUAUCUCGCGUUCAAAUCAUCUCGCUUUGUCAAGUACCGCCUCCUCAUCCUCGUUCAAUGCGUUGAAUACGUAUUACAAGACUGAGGAGGAUGGCAGAAGGUAGCUUCACUUUGUCCAGUCGCGAUGUUGUCAUAUGUGUAGAGCAAUUUGCAGUGAGUAAGAGAUCUCGUCUCCCCUUGCUGUGUUGGGAAAUUUCUAGUACUGGUUAU